GUUUUAAUCAGUGACACUGAGAAUGUUGGGAAGCUGAGCGGAAAACAUGAAAUCACUAUGUCAUUCAGCGAAUUUCUGUGUAAUGGAUAGGUAACAGAGAAACCCUCCUCACUGUCUCGUCAGGGAGGCAGAAUGACUGAGUGCUUCCUGCCCCCCACCAGCAGCCCCAGCGAACACCGCAGGGUGGAGCAUGGCAGUGGUCUUACCCGAACCCCCAGCUCUGAGGAGAUCAGCCCUACUAAGUUCCCUGGUUUGUACCGUACUGGCGAGCCCUCGCCUCCCCACGACAGCCUCCAUGAACCUCCUGACAUAGUGUCUGAUGAUGAGAAAGACCAUGGGAAGAAAAAAGGAAAAUUUAAGAAAAAAGAAAAAAGGACUGAAGGCUAUGCUGCCUUUCAGGAAGAUAGCUCUGGAGAUGAAGCCGAAAGUCCUUCCAAAAUGAAGCGGUCCAAGGGAAUCCAUGUUUUUAAGAAGCCCAGCUUUUCUAAAAAGAAAGAGAAGGAUUUUAAAAUAAAAGAGAAACCCAAAGAGGAAAAACAUAAAGAAGAAAAGCACAAAGAAGAGAAACAUAAAGAGAAGAAGUCAAAAGACUUGACAGCAGCUGAUGUUGUUAAACAGUGGAAGGAAAAGAAGAAAAAGAAGAAGCCAAUUCAGGAGCCAGAGGUGCCUCAGAUUGAUGUUCCGAAUCUCAAACCCGUUUUUGGAGUUCCCUUGACCGAUGCGGCCGAGCGGACCAUGAUGUACGACGGCAUCCGGCUGCCGGCGGUUUUCCGCGAGUGCGUGGAUCACGUAGAGAAGUACGGCAUGAAGUGCGAAGGCAUCUACAGAGUUUCAGGAAUUAAAUCAAAGGUGGAUGAGCUGAAAGCAGCCUAUGACAGAGAAGAGUCUCCAAAUUUGGAAGAAUAUGAGCCUAACACCGUAGCCAGUUUGUUGAAGCAGUAUUUGCGAGACCUUCCGGAGAAUCUGCUUACCAAAGAGCUGAUGCCUCGCUUUGAGGAGGCUUGUGGGAGGAGCACAGAGAGCGAGAAGGUGCAGGAAUUCCAGCGCCUGCUCAAAGAACUGCCAGAAUGUAACUAUCUUCUGAUUUCUUGGCUGAUCGUGCACAUGGACCAUGUUAUCGCGAAGGAACUGGAAACAAAAAUGAAUAUACAGAACAUUUCUAUAGUGCUCAGCCCAACCGUUCAGAUUAGCAAUCGUGUCCUAUAUGUGUUUUUCACACAUGUGCAAGAGCUCUUUGGAAAUGUGAUACUAAAGCAAGUGACAAAACCUCUUCGAUGGUCUAACAUGGCCACUAUGCCCACACUGCCAGAGACCCAGGAGAACAUCAAGGAGGAGAUCAGAAGACAGGAGUUUCUUUUGAAUUGUUUACAUCGAGAUCUGCAGGCUGGAAUAAAGGAUUUAUCUAAAGAAGAAAGAUUAUGGGAAGUACAAAGAAUUUUGACAGCCCUCAAAAGGAAACUGAGAGAAGCUAAAAGACAAGAGUGCGAAACCAAGAUUGCACAAGAGAUCGCCAGUCUUUCAAAAGAGGAUGUUUCCAAAGAAGAAAUGAAUGAAAAUGAAGAAGUUAUAAAUAUUCUCCUUGCUCAGGGUGUCUCUGCACUCUGGUGA